AUGUCUGCAAAGUCCAUCCUCGAGGCCGACGGCAAGGCCAUCCUCAACUACCAUCUCACUCGCGCUCCCGUCAUCAAGCCAACCCCGCUUCCUCCUUCCCAAACCCACAACCCACCCGCCAAGCUCGCAACCAUCACCUUCGAGGACGGCGACGACGUCAACGGUGUGCUCGAUGCUGCCGAGGCCAAAUACCCCUUCCUCCUGCAGCCCGGUGCGAAAUUCGUUGCGAAGCCCGACCAGCUGAUCAAGCGGAGAGGCAAGUCUGGCCUCCUGAAGCUCAACGCGACAUGGCCCGAGGCGAAGGAGUGGGUCGCGGCCCGUGCAAACAAGGUGCAGAAGGUCGAGCACGUCGAGGGUGCUCUGAGGACGUUCCUCGUCGAGCCUUUCGUGCCACACCCGCAAGACACGGAAUACUACAUCAACAUCAACUCCGUUCGUGAGGUAAGUCGAGUGCCUGCGAGCCAAGUGGGAAAGCUCUAAUCUCGAGAUUCAAGGGUGACUGGAUUCUCUUCUACCACGAGGGCGGUAUUGACGUGGGAGAUGUCGACUCCAAGGCCGAGAAGCUCUUGAUCCCCAUUGACCUCAAGGAAUACCCGAGCAACGAGCAGAUCGCAGCUGGUCUCCUCUCCCAGGUCCCCAAGGGCGUUCACCCCGUGCUCAUCGACUUCAUCUCGCGACUAUACGCCGUCUACGUCGACUGCCAGUUCACCUACCUCGAGAUCAACCCGCUGGUCGUCAUUCCCAACGCAGACGUCACAUCAGCCGAUGUGCACUUCCUGGAUCUGGCAGCGAAGCUCGACCAGACCGCUGAGUUUGAGUGCGGUGUCAAGUGGGCCAUUGCACGUGCGCCAGCUGCUCUCGGCAUCCCCGUCCUUUCCAGCAAGGACACCAAGGUCACAAUCGACGCCGGCCCGCCAAUGGAGUUCCCGGCUCCAUUCGGUCGUGAGCUGAGCAAGGAGGAGUCCUACAUUGCCGAGAUGGACGCCAAGACUGGUGCUUCGCUCAAGCUCACAAUCCUCAACUCGCAGGGUCGCAUCUGGACUCUUGUUGCUGGCGGUGGUGCUUCCGUCGUGUACGCCGAUGCCAUUGCAUCCGCUGGCUUUGCAUCCGAACUGGCAAACUACGGUGAAUACUCUGGUGCACCAACGGAGACUCAGACCUUCCACUACGCACGAACUGUUCUAGAUCUGAUGCUCCGCGCUCCUCAACACCCGGACGGCAAGGUCUUGUUCAUCGGUGGCGGUAUUGCCAACUUCACCAACGUAAGUCCAACAGCAAUGUUCCUCGUUGAGAAGCAGCUAAUCAUCCCCGUAGGUCGCCUCCACGUUCAAGGGUGUCAUCCGUGCCCUUCGCGAAGUCGCCCCUCUCCUGAACGAGCACAAGGUCCAGAUCUGGGUCCGCCGUGCCGGUCCCAACUACCAGGAAGGUCUCAAGAACAUCAAGGCCGUCAGCAAGGAGCUCGACCUCGACAUGCACGUUUUCGGCCCCGAGAUGCACGUGUCCGGCAUCGUACCACUCGCACUUGUUCCAGGCAAGUACCACGACGGGGUCAAGGAGUUUGAGGGAUAA